UGAAAAGGGAGCUUAUGAUCCAGAAACAAUGAUUUAUACUAAACAGGAUAUUGAAACUAUCGUAGAAUACGCUCAUCAUAGAGGAAUUCGUGUCAUCCCUGAAUUUGAUAUGCCAGGACAUACUUUUGCCAUCUCUUAUAGUAUGCCCGAGAUAAUUACUUGCCCAGACGUUCAACCAAAUUGGAAUGAUUUUGCCGCUGCUCCUCCAAGUGGUCAAAUAAAUCCCGUAUUACCGGCGACUUAUGAAUUCUUAAAUAACCUUAUUCCAGAAAUGACUUCAUGGUUUCCUGAUAAAUUUUAUCAUGCUGGUGGCGAUGAAGUAGUGAUGAAUUGUUGGAAUUCAACUGAAUCUGUUAUUGCUUACCUAAAAGAGCACCCUGACGAUACUUACGAAUCUUUAUUGGGAAUGUUCAUUAAUGAACUUCACUCACUUGUUAGGAAAAGUGGUAAAACUCCCAUUACAUGGCAGGAAAUGAUUGUUGAACAUAAUUUAACUUUACCUAAAGAUGUUGUUGUUCAAGUUUGGACGACUGAAGAUAAUAUUAAAAAAGUUACCGAACUUGGUUAUAGGGUGAUCACUGGUAGUGCUGAUUAUUGGUAUUUGGAUUGUGGUCAUGGUGGUUGGGUUGGUGAUAAUCCUAAUGGAAACAGUUGGUGUGACCCUUUCAAACAUUGGCAAAGGAUUUAUUCUUAUAAUCCAACUAAAGGUCUUAAGAAAGAGGAAGCUGAGCUUGUUAUAGGAGGUGAAGCAUUAUUAUGGUCUGAACAAGCUGAUCCAACAAAUUUUGAAUCUAAAUUAUGGCCAAGAGCAUCAUCGGCAGCUGAAAUCUUGUGGUCAGGUAAUUAUGAUGAAAGUGGCAAUCUACGCACUACAAAGGAAGCGUUACCCCGGUUAAAUGAUUGGAGAUUCAGAAUGGUAGCAAGAGGAAUAAAAGCAGAACCACUACAACCUUUGUGGUGUGUUAAAAAUCCCGGUAGAUGUGAUAUGCCACAUUAA